UGAGUUCGGGCCCAGGGAACAUUUCGGAUUUCCUCGCUUUCCUCUUUCGGAAGACCUUCAGUCGGCCGCCAGGUCUGGGAAAUUUGAAACGCGAGGCCGUUCCUCCUCGUCUUCCGGUUCUGGCUGCUGAAGCCUUCGGCGAAGCGUGGAAGAAGAGAAGGGCGUGGGCCUGGUUGGUCACCCGCCUUUUCCGCCUGGCGCUGCUGUGUGGAAUCGUCCUCUUGCCCCUUCUGGCCGCAGCCUUGUUUAACAGAAGUGGAAACUGAUGCACUGAGAGAGGAGACAGUCCCCUUAUCCAGUCCCCAAAGGACCUCAAAUAUCUUUCUAGUUUCUAGACACGUGUACGCGAAUGUCGUGCGGAGGAGGGCUUAAAAAUUGGAGAAGAGAGUGGGACAUCCUAGAAUUUUUAGGGGUUUCUGUAUAUUUACAAAACUGACUUUUGACCACCGUCCAACACCGGCAGCGUGGGACUCGUGAUAGCCUCUCGCCAUCCUGUCGCUCCGCCAUGUGCCUCACUUUUUGGUUAAGUCAGCUAUACAGGGGUUUACCCAGGAGCAUCGGAAGGACCACCCAGCCGGUCUGGGAUUCUCUCUCCAGAAAUCUGGUGCUGAGUUCACAGAGGAGAAUUCCAGAAUUCAGUAGCUUUGUUGCCCGGACCAACACAUGUGGAGAGUUGCGUUCUUCUCACUUAGGCCAAGAAGUCACUUUGUGUGGAUGGAUUCAGUACCGGAGGCAAAACAUCUUUCUGGUCCUAAGAGAUUUCCACGGGCUUGUUCAAGUUGUCAUCCCCCAGGAUGAGUCGGCUGCCUCUGUGAAGAAGAUUUUAUGUGAAGCCCCUGUGGAAUCUGUGGUGCAAGUGUCUGGGACAGUUAUUUCCCGACCUCCAGGACAAGAGAAUCCAAAAAUGCCAACAGGUCAGAUUGAAAUUAAAGUUAAAACAGCUGAGCUGCUGAAUUCCUGCAAGAAGCUGCCCUUUGAAAUUAAGGACUUUGUGAAGAAAACAGAAGCUCUUCGCUUACAGUAUCGCUACUUAGACUUGCGUAGUUUCCAAAUGCAGUAUAAUCUGCGACUGAGGUCCCAGAUGGUCAUGAAAAUGCGUGAAUAUCUCUGUAAUCUGCAUGGGUUUGUGGAUGUAGAAACUCCAACAUUGUUUAAGAGGACUCCAGGGGGUGCCAAAGAGUUUUUAGUACCAUCCAGGGAACCUGGAAAGUUUUAUUCUCUCCCUCAGAGUCCUCAACAGUUUAAGCAACUUCUUAUGAUUGGUGGUUUAGACAGGUAUUUUCAGGUUGCCCGAUGUUAUCGAGAUGAAGGUUCAAGACCAGACAGACAGCCUGAGUUUACUCAGAUUGAUAUAGAGAUGUCUUUUGUAAACCAGACCGGAAUCCAGAAUUUGAUUGAGGGUUUGCUCCAGUAUUCCUGGCCCAACGACAAAGAGCCUGUGGUGGUUCCUUUUCCUUCUAUGAGUUUUGCUGAGGCGUUGGCCACCUAUGGAACGGAUAAACCCGACAUUCGGUUUGGAAUGAAGAUUAUAGAUAUCAGUGACGUGUUCAGAAACACAGAGAUUGGAUUUCUUCGGGAUGCACUUAGUGAGCCCCAAGGAACCGUCAAAGCCAUACGUAUCCCUGAAGGAGCAAGGUACUUAAAAAGGAAAGACAUUGAGUCCAUUGAAAAUUUUGCAGCUAACCAUUUUAAUCAGGAAGUCUUACCUAUAUUCCUGAAAGCCAAUAGAAACUGGAAUUCUUCAGUUGCUAAAUUUAUAAUGGAGGAGCAAAGAUUGGAAUUAAUCAGAUUGAUGGAGAUCCAAGAGGAAGAUGUGGUCCUGCUAACUGCUGGAGAGCACAAGAAAGCAUGCUCUUCAUUGGGAAAAUUACGACUAGAAUGUGCUGACCUUCUAGAAAUAAGAGGAGUGGUGCUCCGAGACCCAGCUUUGUUCUCUUUCCUCUGGGUGGUAGAUUUCCCACUCUUCUUUCCAAAGGAGGAAAAUCCUGCAGAGCUGGAGUCAGCCCACCACCCAUUUACUGCUCCCCACCCCAGCGAUAUUCACCUCCUGUACACUGAACCUGAAAAGGUCCGUAGCCAACACUAUGACUUGGUUUUAAAUGGCAGUGAGAUAGGAGGUGGUUCUAUCCGAAUCCAUGAUGCAGAGCUACAGCGUUACAUCCUGGCAACAUUACUAAAGGAAGAUGUGAAAUUGCUCUCCCAUCUGCUCCAGGCUUUAGAUUAUGGGGCGCCCCCUCAUGGAGGAAUUGCCUUAGGGUUAGACAGACUGAUGUGCCUUGUCACUAGAGCUGCAAGCAUCAGAGAUGUCAUAGCCUUCCCCAAAUCCUUCCGGGGACAUGACCUCAUGAGCAAUGCCCCAGAUUCUGUCCCUCCUGAGGAACUGAAGCCGUAUCAUAUCCAGGUCUCUUGGCCAACUGACUCAGAAGCAGAAAAGAGCUCACUGAAUCAUCCACAUCAUCCAGAAAGUUGAGCUUCUGAUUUUGUCCUCUUUGCUUUCCCAAAGCUAAAAUCAGAUCCAGAGUUCUGCCACAGAUCUGAUAAUCAAGUCUUUAAGCGGAAGGAAUCAUUCUUUAACACAGUGAAGAAACAGAAGCUAUCCAACUUUGACUUGAAUAUGCAUCAUCAGGGGUUUUUUUGAUUGAGACAUUUUUGAAGUUCCUUUUCACUUAGAGAGGUGUGAAAGAUGGCUCUUUGCUGUAGUAAUACAGUGGCUUAGUUGUUUUCUAAUCAUGUUUUUUAUACCGAGAUAGUAAGUUAUUCACUUAGGACAGAGAUAAUCAAAUCAUGUGAGAAAUGUGGGAAAAUGCUUGCCCCUGAAGACUGGUCAGUUGAUGGAGGAUUCGGUUCAUCCGUUCUCAUCUAGAGAAUCAAUCAUAUGAAUUAAGCUUUUUAGUGACAGUUCAACUAUCAACAUAAUAUAGUGAGAAGUAGCAUAAUACAAUGCAAAAAACAUCACUGAAAUGAGAGUCACAAAAUCUUUUUCAGUGUUUCACCUUGAGCAAGUUACAUAAACAUCUCUAAGCCUUCUUUCCUGCUUGUGUAAAAUGCAAAGGCCAAAUCAGAGGAGAUAAUAUAUGUGGAAGACAGUGUGAGUGCUUUGAAAAUGUUUGAAAAACUAUAAAAAAAAAAAAAAGCAUUACACAAAAGAAAGAUGAUAUUAUUUACCCAUAAACAGGUACAGGCAUAUCCAUAUAUAUGAAGGUAUUUCAAAAAGUUCAUGGAAAGAUUCAUAUUAUCUUUUAGUUGUAUUUUUCCACUAACUUCUUGAAGUACCCUUGUAUUUUGUAAUUUAAGAUCAAACAAAACUGAUAACUGUAGUAAAAGAAAAAGUUUUAUGAAUCAGUAUUCUAUUUCUAUUUUUAAAGAAUCACUAAUCCCCAAAUAAUUUCUCUCAAUUACACAUAAUUGAAAAUACUAAUUGAACUUAGAUCAACCUCACAUGUACAAAAAAAUUAAGACUGGGCUCAUUGUGAUUUUCUUAUAAGUUUUAAUGAUACAAAUAAAAAUUAUAAAAUGGGA